CACACACACGCACACUACACCAACAAGUAAGUGCCUCAUCUCUGGAUUUAUCCCAUACUUACUAAUAUUAAGAGUAUUAACACUUCUAACACUGAGACUAAUCAGGAUGGAGCUCUGGUGGAGUUUAUCAGCUGAGACCUGGGCUCUGAUCAUCAUCCUCAUCAGCCUCAUCCUGCUGUAUGGGUACUGGCCGUAUGGGUUUUUCAAGCGUUUGGGAGUUCCCGGUCCCAAACCCGUACCAUUUUUUGGAACCAUGUUAGAGUAUCGUAAGGGAAUACAAACCUUUGAUAUGGAGUGUUUCCAGAAGUACGGCAGGAUAUGGGGUAUAUACGACGGGAGACAGCCGGUCCUUAGUGUCAUGGACAGAGAAAUCAUCAAAACUGUCCUGAUUAAAGAGUGUUACUCUCUCUUCACUAACCGCAGAAAUUUGCGUCUGAACGGCCCUCUGUAUGACGCCGUGUCCGUCGUCGAGGACGAGGACUGGAGGAGAAUCAGGAGCGUUCUGUCUCCGUCCUUCACCAGCGGCAGACUGAAGGAGAUGUUUGGAAUCAUGAAGUCCCAUUCUCGUUCUUUGGUCAAAAAUCUGCAGAAGACGUUAGAGCGAGGAGAAUCAGCAGAUAUCAAAGAGUUUUUCGGAGCGUACAGUAUGGACGUGGUGACGAGCACAGCGUUCAGUGUCGAUAUCGACUCCCUGAACAACCCUGAAGAUCCCUUCGUAUCCAACAUCAAGAAAAUGCUCAAGUUUAACUUCUUCAACCCACUGUUUCUCGCUGUCGCGCUCUUCCCCUUUACUGCACCACUUUUGGAGAAAAUGGAUUUUUCCUUUUUCCCCACUGCAGUGACUGAUUUCUUUUACGCCUCGCUGCAAAAGAUCAAGUCUGAACGCGUGGCCAAAGAUCAUAAGAGUCGAGUGGAUAUCAUGCAGCUGAUGAUCGAUUCUCAGAAAUCAGAGAAUGAUGAUCUUAAUGCAAACGGUCUGAGUGAUCAUGAGAUCCUGUCCCAGUCCAUGAUUUUCAUCUUUGCUGGUUAUGAGACGAGCAGCAGCACGAUGUCGUUUCUGUUCUACAAUCUGGCCAGUAAUCCAGAGACCCUGAAGAAACUACAGGAAGAAAUCGAUGCAACUUUCCCUAAUGAGGCUGAAGUUGAUUAUGACACACUGAUGAACAUGGAUUAUCUGGAUGCUGCUCUGAACGAGUCGCUCAGGUUGUACCCAGUUGCUGUUCGUCUGGAGAGAGUCUGCAAAAAAACUGUUGAAAUAAGUGGUAUCACGAUCCCUAAGGACUCAGUCGUCAUGGUCCCCACUUACGCCCUGCAUAGGGACCCUGAAUACUGGCCUGAUCCAGAGACCUUCAACCCUGACAGGUUCACUCAGGAGAAUAAGGAGAGCAUCGAGCCGUAUGCGUACAUGCCGUUUGGGUUAGGACCCAGGAACUGCAUCGGGAUGAGGUUCGCCGUCGUCUCCAUGAAGCUGGCCGCUGUGGAGGUUCUGCAGAGAUUCAACGUCAGUCUUUCUGAGGAAACGAAGGUUCCUCUGGAGCUGGACAACAGUGGACUUCUGGCUCCUAAAAACCCCAUAAAACUCAAAUUCACACCGCGGAAAAUCACCAACUCCUGCAACAACAAUCACAAUAACUCAUAGACUAUUAAAGGUUCUCCUUCAUGCUUUUGCUUUGUAGAAUUUUAAAAUGAUUUUCCUUUUCCCAGUAUAUUAUAGUCAGCCUACACUGGAAAUAGAAAUACCUCUAAUGUGUGUAAUAAAGUUCCCAGGGUGUUUCCCCUCUCUACCUACCAGUGGCCAAUAAAGUGGACUUGUUAGUGUUGAACCAUAUCUUUAUUCUCAUCAAUUUAUCUCAAUAAAGGCAUUUAAAAUCAUGGGGCAGAUUUUUCUUGGUAGUAAAUGAAAAUACAGCAUAACAUUAAAGGUGUAACUGUUCAAUAUUUCUUUGUUACUGUUAUACCACUAAGCACUACAGAUAAAAAUGAUGAAGGCAUGCAAAUAAUUUGUAGAUUUAUAUCUAUGUAAUCAGAAACAUGCAUCAGGAAUGUUAUUUACAAACGGCCAAGAUUUAGGUAGUGAAAUCAGUGACAGUGUCGUGUGAUUGGACAGAGGAAACACAAACUGAACCCAGUCGAGCAUUACAGACUAGAAACACAAAAACAAUAAACAUUACAUUGUAAUUACAUCAGUAAAGUAUCAGAAAUGAACUUUGCUAUUCCAGUUGUGAGACAUUUUGACAACUUUUAAUGUAUUGAUUGUGUGUAAUUAUGUUUUUUGGCAUUGUGAAGCACUUUGGUCAACCAUGGUUGUUCUUUAAAUGUGCUAUAUAAAUAAACUCAACUAAACUAAACUAAA